AUGGGAUCCAAUCGAAAGAAGGGAGACAAGGGCGGUGCUAAAAGUUCCGGUGGUGGUGGAGACGAAGGAAAAGAGAUGAUAACGGAUUCGAGGUUUUCAAAGGCGCACAUUGACCCCAGAUUCCGACGCCUUCCCAGGCGUGAAUCCAAAGUCACCAUUGACUCUCGUUUCAAAGGUGUCCUCACUGAUAAAGCUUCUGCUCCUGUUGAUAAGCGUGGGAAGCGUAGAAGACGAGGAAGUGCCAAGGAUUCUCUCAAAGAGUAUUAUCGUAUUGACGAAGACGAGAAGAAGAAGAAGAAGCAAAAGAGGACGGAAAAGGAGAGCGAAGAGGAUGAUGAGAGCGAGGGUGAAGAAGAAUUGAUGGCUUUGGAAGCUGAGGCUAAGCGCAGGAAAUCUAACGAGCAAGUAUCUGAUGAAGAAGAAGAGAGUAAGAUUCCUUUGAAAUUGGCUUCAGAUUCGGAUGAAGAAGAAUCUGAUGAGAACGCAGAGUCUGCAGAAGAGGAAGACAGUGAGGAUGUUUCCGAAGAGGUAGAAGAGGAAGAGGAUACUGACGAGGAUGAUGAAGCUAUGUAUGAGGACGAUGGACCCGAAGUUGCUGAAGAGGAGAUAGCAAGUAUUGAGAAAGAAACUCACAGGCUUGCUAUUGUCAACAUGGACUGGAGAUAUGUCUCUGCCAAAGACUUGUACGUUGUUUUCAAUUCCUUUCUGCCCAAAGAUGGACGCCUUUUGUCUGUUGCGGUCUAUCCUUCAGAGUUUGGGCUUGAGCGAAUGAAAGAGGAGGAAAUUCAUGGCCCUGCAAUCGGUGGUGACAAGAAGAAUGUAGAUAACAGUGAUGAGGACGAGGAUGAUGAAGAAGAAGAUGAGGACGUCAUUAACGAGAGACUACGUGAUUACGAAAAAAGCAGAUUGAGGUACUAUUUUGCUGUUGCUGAAUGUGAUUCCUGUGCUACUGCUAACCACUUGUACAAAGACUGUGAUGGAAUCGAGUUUGAGAGGUCCUCUAACAAGCUCGACUUAAGAUUUAUUCCUGAUUCCAUGGAAUUCAAGCAUCCACCUCGUGAUAUUGCCACCGAGGCACCUGCUACUUAUCAAGGUUUAGAUUUUCAAAGCCAAGCACUGCAGAUGAGUAGGGUUAAUGUUUCUUGGGAUGAAGAUGAACCGCACCGUGUCAAGACCUUAAACCAGAAAUUUAACACUGAUCAGUUGGCAGAACUUGAGCUGAAAGAGUAUUUAGCUUCUGAUGAGAGUGAAUCUGAAUCUGAUGAUAAGGAAAAAAGAAAAGAUAAGUACCGCCGAGCUUUAGUGGAAUCCGGAGAUGUUGAUUCUGAUAAAGACGAGGAUGAGGAGAAUGACCAGGAUAUGGAAGUAGAAUUCAAUACUGGGUUAGAAGAUCUUAGUAAUAAAUUUCGUGAAAAGAAAGAAGAGAAGUCAGAAACGGUCUGGGAGGCACAGCUAAGGAACAUGCGGGACAAGAAGAAGGCUAGGAGGAUGCAAAAGAAGGAUGAUGAUGAUGAUUCUUCGGAUGAUGAUGAUGAUGAUUCUUCGGAUGGUGAUCAUAAGAAGAAGAAGAAGAAGAAGAUGAUGAAUAAAAAUAAGAAGGGGUUAGAGGAGAAAUUAGAGGACGAAAAAAGCAGAGCGGAGCUAGAGUUGAUAGUAGCUGAUGAGAAUGGUGGAGACCGUAAAGGUCUAAAAGGAUAUAACAUUAAAGGAAAAGGUAAAAAGAGAAGUAAAGAGAUGGCAGAAGAGAAGAUACCUUCAGCUGAUCCAGACGAUUCAAGAUUCUCAGUUGCAUUAACUGAUCCUAACUAUGCUCUAGACCCUACGAAUCCACAGUUUAAACGGAGUGCGACUUAUGUUAAGCAGUUAACUCAGAAGCAAAAGGAAGAUCCAAGAAGCCAAGAGCAAGUGAAAGAUGUGGAGGAGGAGACAAAGAAGUCGUCUUCGACUACAGAAGGCACGGUGGGAUCAUCUAAGAAGAGGAGUUUCGCAGAGUCUGCUGCUGUCAAGUCGUUGAAGCUCAAGAUGCUGCAGAAGGGUUCUGAGAAGAAGAAAGAAGGGACUGCCGACUUGGCUCAGCGAUUGAAGAAGAAAGCCAAAGCUUUAUCUAAUCAGUAAUAAUGUCUUUUGUUUCCUUUUUUUUUUUGUUAUGAAUUCAGUGCACUCAUAUUUUGAAAUUUAACAAUUUCAGUUUUGAUUCGAUAUUCAUUCAAAUUGGAUAAUUUUAUAUAUUCUUCUCAGUCGAGAAUCUAAUCGGUUUGCUGUGUAUCACAAUUCACAAGUGUGUUUUAAGUAUUUC